AUGACACUAGCAUACAUUCGACAAAGGUAUUGGAUAAUAGGCGGUCGAGUUCCCAUUCGAUCCUACAUUCUUAGAUGCGUAAGAUGUGCUCGAUAUCGCCAGAACAGAGCUCAGCAAUUGAUGGGUCAGCUUCCGGCGUCGCGUGUUACGCCUUCUCGCCCCUUCCUGAAUAGCGGAGUAGACUACGCGGGACCCAUCACAAUCAAAACCUGGCGAGGGCGGGCGGCAAAGACCUACAAGGGAUAUCUAGUAAUCUUUGUUUGCUUUUUUUCAUCCGCAGUGCACAUAGAAAUAGUCACAGACUAUACAACUGAGGCCUUCAUCUCCGCUUUCAAGAGAUUCUGUGCCAGACGCGGGAUCUGUGCGACACUACACAGUGAUUGUGGCACUAAUCUAGUCGGUGCGGAUCACGAGCUACGUCGACGAUUUGACUCAGCUUCUAAGGAACUAAAGGAAUUAGCAUCAUUGCUCGCGAAUCACGGCACUCAAUGGCUGUUCAAUCCCCCGGCCGUACCUCAUUUUGGAGGAAAAUGGGAGGCCGCGGUUAAAUCUACGAAAUUUCACCUUCGUCGUGUGGUCGGCGAUACUAUACUGACUUACGAGGAAUUAUCAACACUGAUGGCCCAAAUCGAAGCUGUUCUAAACUCCAGACCUCUUUGUCCAAUGUCAGAGGACAUCAGUGAUUAUACCGCUUUAACUCCUGGUCAUUUUAUUUUAGGGGAACCAUCCAUAAUUAUUCCGGAGCCAAAUCUAUCCGAACAGCCAAGUUCGCGUCUAACCCGAUGGCAACUCAUACGCCAAAGGGUCGAACAUUUUUGGAAACGAUGGACAAAAGAGUGCAUACAUCGCUAUCAAGCGAUAUCAAAGUGGCAUCAUCCAUCCACACAGUUGAAGGAGGGCUCCAUGAUUCUCCUCACAGAUGAAAGAUAUCCUCCAGCUAAAUGGCCACUAGCAAGAGUCUUGCAGUUACAUCCGGGCAAGGACGGGUUGACGCGAGUCGUGACUGUGCGAACUGCAACUGCUACCUAUAAACGACCGAUCACCAAGGUUUGCGUGCUACCUGCUGAUCAAGACCAGAUAUUCGAGAACUUCAUUCCCGAAGGCGGGCGGAAGGUUCAGUAA